UCGAAGCAGGCGAGCAAGAAGCGCGCGCAGAGCUUGAACCAUCUGCUGGCCUUCACGCUGCCGCCCCGUGCACCGCCCACGGUGGGCCCGCGUCGUUACCGUUUCGUGGUAAAGCCAACGUUCGACAGCCAGCGGCACCUGAACGACCCGGAUCUGCCGUUGCCCUGGCAGGACGUUGUCCAGGUGCUUGUCCCGUUGACGAGCGACGCAGUAGUGGCGGCGCAUGGUACAGCCGAGACAGACCAGGCAGGCACCUGCCCCAUCUGCCUCUCGCCACCGACCGCGCCGAGAAUGACGCGGUGUGGACACGUAUUUUGCUACGCGUGCAUGCUGCACUACUUGAUUGUGGCGGAGAAUGGUACGCGGACUCGUGGAUCGAUGCGCCACGCUAAGCGAUGCCCCAUUUGCUGGGACGAUGUCGUGGCACGCGACCUGAAGGCGGUGCUCUGGGUCGAUGGCCAGCACGAAGCCCAACGGCACCGGCGUGCCUUUUUGGAAUGUCAUACCGAAAAGGGCCUCUCCAUGCCGGACGAUGUGCUGAUCCUGCGUCUGGUCGAGCGGCCGAACGAUGCAUGCGUGGCCCUUCCGCGCUCGACGACUUGGCCGAUCGAGUUGGGCGACCGGAGCCUCCUCUGCUCACACCCAGAUGCCCUGUUGUAUGCGCGCUGCGUGCGUGCGACGCCAGAGCACCUAGUCGAGUCGCUGCGCGCCGAUAUUGCUGGCGUAGAAGCAGCGACAAAGGAGGCACAAGCGUAUGAGCCAGACGAACUGAGCCUGGAGUUUUUGCGUGUGGCGCACGAGCAGCUGCAAGAGCAACUUUUGACAGCGCUGGGCAUGCCGUCCAUGCCGACGGAGCGUCCAGCAAGUGAGCGGACGGCUGUGCGCUCGUCGUACUUUUACUUCCAGGCGGCCUCGGGGCAGUACGUGUUUCUCCAUCCAAUCGAUAUCAAAGUAUUGCUCUCACGCUUCCAGACGUACGCCAACUUCCCCGAUACCCUGGCGGUAGCCGUGCAGGGAGCUGAUGAGGGCACCGUCGAUGAAGCGCUGCGGAAAAAGUGCAAGUAUCUUGCUCACCUGCCCAUGUCGGCGGACGUGACGUUCAUUGAGGUGGACUGGGCACGUACGGCCGCGGAUGUGCCCGCGAGUGUGCAGCCAGCCAUUCCGUGGGAGCCCUGGGCGGAUGUGCUUGCGCAGCGCUCGCAGCGGCGUCAGAGCAAGGCUGCAAGGGAAGAGAAGUACCGCAAGCGCGCGCAGAAGGAACCACAGAAGCAUCGCGAGACGAAUGUGUGGCCUGAGGAGCAGUCCCUGGCCGAUGACCAGCUGUCGUUCCGCGAGGCUGCGAUGGUCGGUGCGGAGAUGUACUUUCCGAUGCACCCUGGGGCUGCUGCGGACGAUGAGUCGCUAUUCCCGAGCAUGUCGACACCCGCGCCAGCCCGCCCGACGGAGCGCGUGGCAAAGACGGUGUGGGGCACACCGGCUGCAUCACAGACGCAUUCUGCGGCGGCACCGGAUACGCAGCAUAUGGAUGAGGCGUGGCACACGCUGGAAGAGCGCAGUGGCAAUCCCGAACAGUCUGAGGGAAAGCGACCCGGGCCCAAGACGAAGCGAAAGCCCAAGCUGAUACUGACCGGCGGUGGUCGCGCUGCCUGGUAG